UGGCCUUCAAAUAUCAACGACUUAGUCCCGUAUGAUGGAAAUUGGCGUAACAUGUUCAUUGAACGACCCAAUGUACUGACAAUUGGUUGUUACAUUUGUAAAAUAACUUAUGUUAGAAGAGGUGAAGAAUCUUUUAGAGACAACACUAAUGGACCUUCUUUUGAAGUUGUUUAUUACAGAUACUUAAGGUUUUUUUCCGAUGGUCGUGUUUUGAUGGUACUAUCUUACAAUCCUCCAUAUAAAAUAGUGCGAAAAUUAAAGACAAGAGAGAAAGCACCUUUCAAUGUGUCUCCUGGACAUUAUAGAUUGUCUGGUAAACAAUUAUUUUUGACUCUUGACAGUGAAGAUAAGGAACGCGAUCGAGAAUUUAACAGAAAAUAUGGCUGGGAAGACAACACUGAAAGGAAGACUACUUAUAACAUGGUUUUAGAAAUUUCAAAAUACAAAUCCAAACACAACUGGAAAUUGCAAUGUAUAGAUUAUGAAAUAGUUUAUCAAAGCCGAGUUAACAAAGUAAAGGUUACCAAAUACGAUUUAACAAAUAAUCGUUUUCCACCUUUUAUAUUUUCACGCGUAAAAUGCUACUCAAAUGAAUCUGAGCGUAUACUAUAAGUAUAAAAUAAUAAGCUCGAAAAAAAAACAUUCGAGACUGUUUAUAAAUUUUUUGUUAUACUUUAG